AACAAUAUAUUUCCCUAAUUCCAAAUUCUUCUCAACUUCCUCAUAGAAAAAAAAACCAAAACCAAAAAAUAUAUAAUCUCUUCAUGCUUAGCCUAUCAUGAGCAACAUCCCCAGAUCUCUCACCGACUCAGAUCUUUCUCUAUUUCUUCUUAUAAUCUCUUCUGCUGUUGAUCCUUGGCCUUUUUCUAUCACCGUCUUCUAGCAUCAACACCUUCUUCUUUACCUCCUCGUCGAUCUUUUUACUCAUUCGUUGUGUUUUCUUGUUUGGUUUCGUGCAAAAGGUUCCUUCUUUUUGAUGGGUUUUGAAGAAUCUAAUCAAAAACAGAGUCCAAAACAGAGUCCGAAGCAGAUGGUGUUCAACUUUCACUUUCAUGUCCCUCAUCUCCACAUACUCCACCAUCACCACCAUAACCAUCAUGAUGUUCCUAAAGGCUGUGUUGCGAUCUUGGUUGGACACGAAGACGAUGAGGAAGGUCUACACAGAUUCGUUGUUCCUUUGGUGUUCUUGAGUCAUCCUCUGUUCUUGGACCUCUUGAAAGAAGCUGAAAAGGAGUAUGGGUUCAAGCACGCUGGUCCUAUUACGAUCCCUUGCCGUGUUGAUGAGUUUAAGCAUGUUCAAGAAAUCAUCGACGAGGAGACUCAUCGCCGUCGUCAUAGUCAUGGUGGUCACGGCCACAACCAUACCCACCACAACAACCAUCUCCGAUGUUUCUGAAGUCUAAUUCGAUUUCGUUGGUUUGGUUUUGGGUUUGACAUGUAAUUGGUUUUGGGUAUGAUUGGUUUGGUUUGGUUUGACA